AUGCUCGUCAUAUCGUCCUUGUCGGCUCUUCCGGAGAAGGGGCCCAUUUUCAUUCUGAUGUUCAAGGCAGUUAUUUUCCCAAAUGCUGGCUUCCUCAACAAGCUGAAGCACUAUCACUUCAUUUUCUGCCGUUUUAUGCCCUUCAUCUUGCAGGCGUCCCACGCAAAGCCCCUUGGCGAGAUCGUGAGAGAACGCAAAAGAUCGAAGGCAUUGAUUCCGCUGAUCAUUGAGGGCAUCGACCACAACGACGGCUUCGGCAUGUUUAAGGUGCUGUCAGAUUUGCCAAUGCUUGGACCUUCGGCAAAGACCGAUGUGUUUCUCAAAGAGGGACUCUGGAGCGAACAUCUCCAGCCGACUCCCAGCGAUUUUCCGGAGAACCUGCUGGCUUUGGAGGCCUUCAUGCAGAAGAGGGAUGGUCAUGGCCGUAAGCCGGCCAUUAUCACUUUCGGAUCCAUGAUGGGUGUGCAAAACGUGCAGGAAGGGACCCAGAAAGCACUCCAGCAGAUGGGCAUGAACGUGGUGAAGUUUGUAAACAAGACGUCCAUGCAGAGCCAACGCAGCGAGUUCAGCUUCACUGCAUCUUCAUCUGGCCAAGAGGCGGCUCCUGAUGUCUUCGAGAUCGAUUACGCGCCAUUUGAUUGGCUCCUUCCCAAGUCAAGUGUGGUGAUCUGUCACGGUGGGGCGGGGACGACUUUCAGGAGCCUAUGGUCGGGCGUUCCGGUCGUCAUCUGCCCCAUCAUCUCGGCCCUGAUCUGCGAUCAAGUCUCGCAUGGCCAGUUCGUGGAGCGAAAGGGCCUGGGUACCUGGAUUGAAUCUCUCGCGCCCAGUGUGGCGGAGUGCGUGACGGCCAUCGAGCAAGCUCUGACAUGUGAGCAGAGAUGCCGCGAGGCGUCGGACCUGAAAGACUUAGCGACUGGCCUUCCUGCUACCAUCAAGGUCGGUGCCAAGCUGCAGCAGGAGGACGGUGCCGCCGCGGCUGCAGCGGCGGUUGAGAGCAUGCACAUCGUUAUGGUGACUGUUUUGAAUGUUGGGAACCUGUGUUUCGGCUUUACUCCGGCAAUGACUGCGCGGCGCUUGCGCCAACGAGUGGUACGUCGAGCCUCAUAUGUAUCAUGCGGCUGUGGUUGUCUGGUAAGAGAGGAUAUGUCCAUCAUACUGCAACCCAACUUGGCAUGGCCACCCGUUUUAGGAGAUGCUGUUGAGACUUUCCGUGGCUUGCUUGCACGCCCGAUUUACGCUGUGGACGCAGUCUUGCGGGCACCUGCCCAGGAAUUUAAGAUUGGCCCAUGA